CCGUAAGACCGUCAAUGGGGAAAUGUUCACUUGUGUUUUAGUUACAGUUCCAGGACAUUUGAUAUAUAUGUAUGAUGAAGAAUGAGACUGGGCAUCUAUUUUUACUCUAAGGUGACCUCGGUGCCUGUACUUCUUCAAACUGAAGCAGCGCUGGACCAUCAGUGUGUGGAAACUCGCUCUGGAACCACAACGUCAGGAGUUAGAGGCUCCCAGGGGCGGCAGACAUGAACCUGCCGACCAGAGAAGAGUGUGAAGGGUGGGACCACAUGAAAGUGGCGCUUUUUAUGUGUAAGAAUAACAUGCAAGACUGCGCCGGAACUGUGACCAGAUUAAAGAUUGACGGACUCAGACUUCUGAAUCUCACUGAGAACGACAUCAGAAAGUUCAGCCUCCUUCAGCAGCCGCAACUUCAGAAAAUGGUUCAAGACAUCAAGAAAAAUGACGGCAGUCUGCUGAAUAAAAUCAGAAGACUGAAAAACAAACCUCGUCCGAACGUUCCUGCCAGAGACUACAGAGAUUUCAGAGACAGUGAUCAAUGCUCUGAUCCAGAAUACAACGAGCCAUGCGAUGACCCGCCUGAUGAUGACAGCUACGAGCCUCCUCCGGUCCACAGAGAGUUCACCAGAAGUCCCUUCAUUUCCUUACCAAAGGGGGAGUAUCUCGACAGCAGUCAUGCCGGACCAAGCCGACCUCCCAAGAAGCCCAUCCGUCCUGUUAAAGCCUCCAAACAACUUCCUCCUGAACCGCCACAUCCAUGGAGCGACAAAGAAGAAGACUACGUAGACCCAGAUGCUAAUGGUGAGGACGACUACAUAGAACCCACAGAGAAUCCAUCUCCAAAAGGUGGAAACAGAGGUGACUAUCCCAUUUUGCCUCCAGCUUUACCAGAUCGUCCAUCCAGUCCUGAAUAUUUAUAUGAAGAACCUGAGAAAGAGGAACCGUCUACGUCUCCACAGAGAAACAGACUUUGUCCACCUCUUUUCAAACCGGGUCCUUCUUUACCAAAACCAACACCCAGGCUGAAUAAAUGGGAACCCACGCGUCCUGUAAGUAUCCAGCAACCCACAGAUGAUGAUGAAUAUGAACUCUGUGAUAAUAGUUCCAGUCAUGAACCUCCAGGCGGUCCUCCCCCUCGUCUACCUAAACCUGUACAGAGAGAGAGGUCACCAAAGCCGCCUCUAUUGCCGAGACAAGACAUAAAACCAAGACAAUUUGAAAGUACCUCCCUGCCUGUGAUGCACACAGAACAGAAACCGUCUCCUAAAGCUUUCUCACUGGAUCUUAAACGACCAAAAAUCCCCCUGCCACAGUUUACACCACCCAAACCAGUUGAGCGGGGUUGCAUUGCUGGUGAAAAUGGUUCCACAGACCAGGACAAGGAUGCAGAUGUUUAUCACAAACCCUGGUUUGCCAACGGGUGUGACCGCAAAACAGCAGAUGAAGCGUUACUGCAAUCAAAUAAGGACGGUGCGUUCAUGGUGAGAAAAAGCUCGGGUCAGGAUGUGCAGCAACCUUACACGUUAGUGGUGUUUUACAAAGGCAGAGUCUACAACAUCCCGAUCCGCUUCGUGCCGAGCACCAAGCAGUACGCGCUGGGGAGAGAGAAGAAGGGAGAGGAGUUCUUCAGCAGCGUCUCUAGCAUCAUAGAGAACCACCAGAGGAACCUGCUGGUUCUGAUCGACAGCCAGAGCAACAGCAAAGACGCCACCAAGCUGUUUUUUCCUGUAAGGCCAUAGAUGACUGUCUCAGUUUUUUCACUUUGCAUCUUUACGGCCAGUUUUCAACGUGCUUACAAGUACAACACAGACCUGUAGCUGACGGUAGUUUGAAACCGACCAAGAACUGCUCAGGAACUUCCUGCAGGAUUCCACUGCAGUCCUGGUUCUUCCACAUGGAGACAUUUACAGAAAUUAAAUUAACAGGAAGGUUUAUCCUGGAUGCAACUUUUUCUUCUUCUUCUUGUGGAUUUAUGUGGCGUUUUAGUUCUUCAAAAUUACAUUUUCCUUACUUCCAGCUAUCCUUUCUCACAUUGUGACCAUUAUCUUGCUGUAUAAUGCAACUUGCAUGCUUCACUGAGGGAGUUUUUACAUUUGUAGCACAUCCUGAUCUCUCUGUGCUCAUGCUUGAUGAGUUUUUGCUCGUAGUUUUUGUUUCUUUUUAAGCAGCAGGUUAUUAUUGUUCACUCUUCCAGUAAAAAACCUUCUUGUAAAGUGUACAGUUUAUUGCUUUUCUUACUGCUACCUGUUUUGUUAUUACUAGUUUCCAUGGUUCUCUAAAUGAAAAACAUCUACAAAGUAUGACACUGCCGCUAUCCUUUCUGCGCUUUAGAGCAUUUUGGAGGUAAUUAUAGUUUUUGCAUUUUUACCACCAAUAGUUUUCUUUAAGCAGGAACUUUACUUAACAAUAGAUGUUCAUUCUUUCAUUACAGGUCAUUUUUGUAAAAUGUAUUAAGUUCUGUUUUGUAGAAAUACUCAAUAAGACAUUUUGCCCAAAGGUUUGUUCUGGUGCUGUUUUUGUUUUCUCAUAUUGUAAUAAAUUCUCCUGUUCAUUUUCUGGUGCUA